GACGAGGAAAAAUUACUUUCCAACAGCGGAAUGAGUGUAUGUAUAUUGUGAAACAUGGAUGUAAAUGACCAUUCAAAAGCCAGAGAUGACCAUCAACAACAGGAUGAAAAUAAAUCAUCCUUGGGAAAUGUUGAUUUACUAAAGUUUUCUUCCUCUUUUGACAAAUGGUACAGCUCCACUCUAUCUUUGCUGAACACAAACACGGAGCUUACAAACGAACUGGAUCUCCAGAAGACAGCCAACAGGAAUCUGAACGAGAAGAUAAAGAGUCUGACGACCGAAAACCAGAAAAUGCAGGACUCGCUGAAUGGUCUGUACUGUAAAAUGUACCUGUAUUGUGACUUAGAGGAGGAAAGCGUAGCUCUGAGGGAGAAAAUCAAAACAAAAGACGAAGAGAACUCACGUAUCCUAGAGGAGAUUAAACAAUUAAAGGAAACUUAUAACGAGAAAGAAAAGUCAUUGCACCAGGAUUACAAAAAUCAGUCGGAAGCUUUACGAAAGGAAUUGUCCGAGACACUAGAAAAUACCACCAAACAUUAUGAGGAAAUGAUUCAAAAGAAAGUCCUAGAACUGGAAGACCUGGAUAAAGUUUUGAAGAAACGAGAGGCGGAUCAUAAUGGGGAAGUGACGCGUCUAACAAUGGAAUGGGAAGAUAAAAUAUCAAAUCUUAAACAACGUCUCCAACAGCAACAGACAAAACCAAGCUGUACAAACAAUCAGGAGAUCUUCCGAAUGAAGUUCCUUAACCUAAAACAGGAGUACGAUGGCGAGAUGAGGCGAUUACAGCAGAUCAUACAGACGUUAGAGGAAAGACUUCGAACACGCCCCGACAAUACGGUGGCACAGAUCGGGCGUCCCAGUCUAAAGAAAAGGAAGCUAUAACUCUAGUUUAUUUUCCUGUUAUAAGUGAAGAAUCGAACUUUGAGACAAACUCUGCAUUGUUUACAGUUUUAUUAUGAAAAGUACUUAACAUGUAAUGU